UUAACUCACAGCUUCAGUUUAGCGCUUGUUAAAACCCAACAGUGGGUCCCCUUUCACAACUUAAUUUAGUAGUGAAACCUCAUAUAAGCUAACGAUGUCGACAGCGAUGAACUUCGGAUCCAAGUCCUUCCGCCCGCGUCCACCGGACAAAGGAGCGUUUCCCUUGGAUCAUUUCGGUGAAUGUAAAUCAUUUAAAGAGACAUAUAUGCGAUGCCUUAGAGAAAGUCAUUUUGACAAUUCGCGCUGUCGGGAAGAGUCAAAGGAGUAUCUGGAGUGCAGGAUGGACAGACAGUUAAUGGCAAAGGAACCCUUUGAAAAACUUGGCUUUAAGGACUUGAUGGAGAAACCAGCCGAAGAAAAUAAAGCCGAAUAAAAUCCUGACAAAAUAUAAUUUGUGAUGACGUUCACGUUUUGUUGAACAGCUAUGUGUUAUAUUUAUCUCGAUGUCAACUGAUAAACAACUCUAUGUUUUGUACAUAUUAAAAAGGAUGUGUUUAAAAAUGAAAUAUAAUAAUAAUCAAGAUGUGUAUGUGAAUAAUAAUCAGUAUGCUCGGUGGUCCGAUACUGAUACUUAGGAGAUUUGGUUUUGUAGAGUGGUCUUAAAUUUGUAUUAAUGAUUUGAAGUUUAUUCUUAUCACUGGAGCUUUUUGAUAUUUCUCUGGAAUAAAGAGUGAGCAUAGCUCAGCACUGCUAUGAA